AUGAACGAGACUUCGCGCAGUCAAUCAAGUUUGAACUUAUUCAAAACUCAAGAUGGAUAUCCAAUCGAACGAAAAGUGAUUGAACCUUCAGGUCGAUUAGGUUCACUUUAUGAUGCUUCAACAGAUAACUUAAUUGAUCGACAUUCUGCUCAAAGAAUUGAAAGUAAAAUACCACGUAAACGUUUUACAUGUCGGCUGCUCUCACGUGAUCAAUCGACAGAUCUCAUUAGUUUUCUCAAAGAUAUCGAUUUUGACGAUGCAAUUCGACAAAGUAUUUGUCUUCAAAUGAUCACACCAAGAGGCAUUAGCCGUCUUAUUGAAUAUAAUCAAGUUGUUGAUGAAAAUACUCGUUUUCUAUAUUAUUGUUACAGAGCUAGAAAAGAAUGGUUAGAUGUGACAGCACAUCAAACGCAUAAAAUCGUUGCAGCACCAUUAAAUCCAACUGAAGCAACUCAUAUGAUAACGAAAAUCUUAUGGGGUUUUGAAGUUUUAUGUGUCAUACAAAUUCCAAAACAUGAAUCCGUAAAUUCAGUCGAUCAAUUACUUCAUCAUAUUUGUGAUCAACUUCAAAAUAAUCGAAUUCCAAUUAAACUUAACAGUAAUGAUCGACAACUCAUCAAUCAAUUAAAUAAUAUUGUUGUGUAUGGAUCCGAAACAUGUAUCAAUCAAGCGAAUACAUCAUUAUUAACUAUUCUCACUAGGAUACAAGAUUGGCAAAAAGAUUCAAAUGUUCAUCAACCACUUAUUUAUACGAUGCAACCAUUAAGAUGGCUUUACAAUGGUCCACAGUUUAAUGUACCAUGUAGUUUUCCUAGACCAGAUAAUCCUCAUAUUGCACGAAUUGAAAUUGUAAUCAAACGAAUAAAUAAUCAGAUAAAAGAUCUUGAAGAAAUAUUUCGAAAUCUUCCAACAAAUUUUUCAAGUACAAUACUUGAUCAACGUUUAAAAAAUCUUCAACAAAAAUAUCGUUUUGUAUUGAAUUCACAGGAUAAUUUUCAAGAACAUCUUCGACAAGCACUUAAAGAUAUUCGUCGACAUUGUAUCGAACCACCAACAUUAGAUGAUAUUAUUGGUGAUCAACGUUAUGAAUGUUUACGUAACAGCGAACUAGAUAAAUUUCUUACUAAUAUUCAACAAUUGUUAAACAAAUCGAUAUUAAUCGAAAAAUUAAAGAACAAUCAUAUUGAAUAUUUCAAUGUAUUCGAUAUUCAUUCUAAUCAAGAAAUACCAACGACGAUUGAUAAUAUUGAUGCUAUACUUAAACGUACUUAUUCCAAUAAAAAUGAUUCUGUAAUUCUUUGGUAUUCAAGUGAUCGUUUAAAACGUGAAAAAGAAGAUCUAUACCAACAAAUAUAUCAAGAAUUAACUUGGGAACAACAACAACAUGUAGAACAACGAAUAAAAUUAAUCUAUGUUGAUUUCAGCUACUUCAAAGAUAAAUUAGAAGAUUUUAUCAUUGUAAGAUUACCAUUGGCAGAAACACUGAUAACUGAACGUGAUUCUAAGAAAGACACAGUACAUCUAUUACCACCUUCAAAGCAACGAGCGAGAUCAUCAUCUCCACUAUCUAAACAAUCAUCGAGAUCAUCACCUACUUUGCCUAAACCUCCACCUGUACCUCCAAGAGAACCAUUGUCAAUAUCAAAGCCGAUUGAAAUUAAUGUACUACUCUUGGGAGAAAUAGGUGUUGGAAAAUCAACAUUUAUUAAUGCAUUUAUUAAUUACUUAAAAUUUGAAAAUCUUCAACAAGCUGAACAAGAUGAGCCAGUUGUAUUAAUUCCAGUUUCAUCUCUUAUUACUGUUGGUGAUCGAUCGGAUGAAUUUGCUGUCAAAUUAGGUAAUGCGGAUUCGAAUGAGAAUCAUGAACAGCAAGGUCAAUCAGUAACACAACAAUGCAAAUCAUAUGUAUUCGAUUUGAAUAAUAGAUUACGUUUACGAUUCAUUGAUACACCUGGUAUUGGUGAUAAUACACGAGAUAUAAAAACUAUUGAUCAUAUAUUGACUUACAUUAAUAAUUUAUCUCAUUUAAAUGGUAUUUGUUUAUUAUUGAAAUCAAAUACUGCUCAAUUGAAUGUUUUCUAUCAUUUAUGUCUUAAUCAAUUGUUAACUUAUUUAACACCAACUGCUUAUAAUAAUAUUAUUUUCUGUUUUACAAAUACUCGAUCAACUUUGUAUGCACCAGGUGAUACUGGUCUAUUACUUCGAAAAAUGCUUGAUGAUGAACAUCUUAAUAAUAUUCCAUUUAAACAAGAAAAUACAUUCUGUUUUGAUAGUGAAUCAUUUCGAUAUUUAGUUGCAAGAAAAUGUGGUAUUAAUUUUGAUGAAUAUCAAAAACAAGAAUAUAUUUCGAGUUGGUAUACAUCAGUAACGGAAUCAGUUCGUUUACUUAAAUACAUUCGAAAAUGCAAAUCAUACUAUCUAGAAGAUUGGUUAUCGCCACGAAAAGCUAUUUUUGAUAUAUUAAUGCUUGUUCGACCUCUCCUGGAAACAUUACGAUUAAUAAUUUAUAAUUGGAAAUUAAGUGAAGCUAAAAUAAGUCUUAAUCAUAUGGUAUUAAAUUCAAAUCCAAUCGAUAUUGAAAUGUGUACUAAUUGUGCACAAAUUAAAGUUGUUGAAGUAGGUCCUUUUUGGUUAAUUCAAUAUCAAUCGGCUAUUUUGGAUAACAAUACAAAUCAACAUAGCUGUUGUCCUAUAAAUGGAAAACAUUUUUUAAUUGAAUUCAAUGUAACACAUGAAUUUGUUCCACUACCAGCAGGUCUUAAAAAUGAACGAUGGCAAAGUUCUUUUCAUAAUUUUCUAUUUAAAUGUGAUCGACUUCUUCAUUUCCUACGACAACAAGAAUCAACGAUUCAAGAUGAUCCAUUUCAAUAUAUACUCGAACGAUAUCUCGAAGAAGAAGAACAAAUUUCUCAAAUUCCUAAUAUAAAUUCAAAUAUGAAUAAAUCAAUAUAUGAUGUAUUAAAAUCUAUAAAACAAAUACGUGAAGAAAAUAGACGAAAAUUAUUGGAAUCAAAUGAAAGACUUUCACUUAAUCUCGUCUAUCAAAUAAUCGAUGAAUUAAUAGCCAUACCGACCGUUAGAAAACAAAUAGAUAGUAUUAAAAGAAGUCGUCAAUUAAAAAUGAAACAACAUGAACGUACAAUACCAAAAAACUUAAUUAGAAACAAAAUCUUUGCUUGA